AUGAAGGAAGGUGUCGUUACGCCACCAGACUCGGAGAAGGAUCUCCAGAACGUCGAAGGCUCGCUCAAUACGGAGGAGGAAAAGGCAGAAGAAGCGCAUAUUCAGUUGAGUAAAGGGCGAUUCGUACUUGUGCUCGUCGGACUAGUCUUGGCUAUCUUCCUCGCUUCCCUCGACUUCACUAUCAUCUCAACCGCUAUACCCAAGAUCACCGAUGAGUUCCACAGUCUUCAAGACAUCGGUUGGUAUGGUUCGGCCUUUUUCAUCACCACCGCGGCGACUACCGCGCACUGGGGACGACUGUACACCUUUUUUCCUUUGAAGUGGACAUAUCUCACUUCCAUCUUUUUCUUCGAGCUGGGCAGUGUGAUCUGCGGUGCUGCCCCCAGCUCAACAGCUCUGAUCAUCGGUCGCGCGAUAUGCGGUAUUGGCGCCGCCGGUCUCUUCUCCGGCUCGUACACCAUUAUCGCCGUUUUGGUGCCUUCAGCAGACAGACCAAAAUACAGUGGACUGAUGGGUGCAUCAUACGGUCUUGCCAGUGUUGUCGGUCCCUUGAUUGGUGGUGCAUUCACUAGCCAUGUAUCCUGGCGCUGGUGCUUUUACAUCAACCUUCCCGUAGGUGGUGUAUCAUGCCUUUUCAUCCUCCUCUUCUUCGCGAAUGAACCACCCAAAUCUCGUCCCGACUGGCGUGGCAUGCUUCGUCAGCUCGAUAUGCUUGGUCUUGUCCUCAUUGUUGGCGCUAUUACCUGCUUCAUUCUUGCUCUACAAUGGGGAGGUGUUUCGAAGGCUUGGGACAGCGGUGCCGUCAUUGGCACUCUCGUCGCGUUCGUCGUAUGCAUGAUCUUGUUCGUGAUCGAACAGUGGUGGCUUGGCGAGAACGCUAUGGUUCAUAGCGUCAUGAUCAAGAGGAGGACGAUCUGGGUCGGAUCGAUGUUUUCGUUCUUGAUCAACUCCGCCUUCUUGGUCACAUUCUACUACUUGCCGAUCUACUUCCAGUCUGUACAGGGCGUCUCAGCUUCGACGAGUGGUGUCCGCACGGUACCCUUCAUUCUCGCUGUCACAUUCUGCGUCGUGAUUGUCGGCCAGAUCAUCACGAAGACCGGGUACGCGUAUCCGUGGAUGAUACUGGGAGCUGCCAUCACUACCAUUGGUUCCGGUAUGAUCUACACUUUCGAUACCCACUCGCCUGCCGGAAAGUGGAUCGGCUACCAGAUCCUUUGCGGUAUCGGUGUCGGAGUCAGCUUUCAAGUUCCUGUCAUGCUGAUCCAGGCUACGACGAAGGAUGCUGAUGUGCCAUUAGCAACAGCCACACUGCUAUUUAUCCAGACCCUUGGAGGUGCUUUCGGUGUCUCGUCUGCCCAAGCUGCGUUCCAGAACACGCUCCUCAAGCAGCUCGCCAUCACGGCACCUGGACUUAAUCCACAGAUCGUCCUGGAUGCUGGUGCUUCAGAACUCAAGAGAGUUAUUCCUGAACAAUUCUUGCAGGGGGUUCUCGAGGCCUACGUGUCUGGCUUCCGGGAAUGUUUGAUUGUCGGUAUCGCAUUCGGCGGUGCUGCAUUCCUUGCAGCUUUCGGUUUUAGAUUCACCAACAUCAAGAGGACGGCCGCGGCGGAGGCGUAG